UUAAAAAGAUAUCUCUCCUUUCGAAGAAACCAUCUAAAAGAAAGAGCGCAGGUUUAUCUCAUAAACCCUAAUCCUACUUUGCAGAAGAUUUUCGGAGGAAGAAGAUGACUCAGAAAGCAAACCUAUUCAAAGGUCAACAGAAGAGGAAAACCAUUCCUCCCAAUCGCCAUGGCAAAAUCCCCCAGACUCGUAAAGGGAAAAGAUUUGUGAAGCCAUCAAAGACCACCAAAGAGAUGGAAACAGAUCGGGAAGUGAGCAAGUUCAUAAAUUACUGCAACGAAACGAAGGCGGCUACUUUAGCGAACAAGGAAGGUGGGCAGCUGAGUAUUGUGAAAACUCCGUCAGAUACUGGUAAUAGCAAUGCAAAGAAAGAAAAGAAAGAGAAAGAGUAGAGGGGGAUUCAGACGUUACAAUAUUGUGAAAUUAUUUGUGAUGUUAUUUCUUUCCCUUUCCUUUUUUCAUCCAUUUUUUUCUACCCUGUUGAGAAGGUGAAAAUUUUGAAUUGGGUUCGUGUUCUAAAGCAACUCUCAAUUUUGUUAGGAGUAAUCUGUUACUACUACAUUUAUAUAUAAUAUUUUUGUUUUUACUUUUGUAA